UCGUGAAUAGCCCGAGGUUCGUUCUCCGUUAGCUACAGUGACUCCGUUUGCAUUGUAUGUCCGCCCUUUGUUCUGUGGGACGGUCAGGGCUAGCGAACCGGGCCUAGUAGUUUUGCGUUCAUGGAGGGAAAUUGGAAUGUCAACGUUUGUACAGUUCCCUACCAUCCAUCGGACCAGCGUCACGACUCGCGACGCGAGAUGAUGAGAGUCGAUGGCGAAGCGAGGCACUGGCAGCGGCCGAGAGUGGCGGGGUGGGAGGCAGUGAUGGCAUCGAUGAGUCAACGACCUGUCUCGGGGCCGAACUGACUGCUGCUCAUUUCGUUUCUGGCUCAGAAGGAUGGUGGCCGACUCCCUCGCGAGCGAGAGGCAUUAUCUAUUGUUUUCUCCCCAGACUAUGCAGCCUUCAGCUGCUUGUGUGCGCACGUUGAAAAACGGUUAGGUGCCGCUUUAGUUCAUGAGCCGGUUGUAUGGCUUGAGAAGACGAUGAGAUGAUGGCCGCGUCGACCCACUUAGGCCGUGCGGCUUUUACGUCGCUAGUUACCAAGUCGUGUUCGUGCAAUGUGCAUUGGGCAGAGAUACUGUCGCAUGCUCGUGGGUUCGAGUUGGGUGCUGCCAUCGUUGUGACACUUCCCAGUGCAAGAGUCACAGCUCGAGCGCACGGCUUGAGAAAAGGAUGAGCUGUUAGCGGCGCGCGGCAAGUCGUCGUCGCCAUUGACUUCACCGCCAUGGACUUCACCGCCCUGGACUUCACCGCCCUGGACUUCACUGCCCUGGACUUCACCGCCCUGGGGACGUGCAUUCCGCAGAUGGACCCCAAGCAUCGGGUCCACGCAGCUCGACUGGCGGGUAUGACCUGUCCGAUGUGCGACUGCCCCGUCGCCAUGACCCACCCGUGGCACCACCCUCCCCUCCGUCCCUGCGCUAUGUGCUCCGCUCUUCGGGACGCCCGCUGCCGCUUCGUCUGCACCGCCGCUGCCGUCCCCUACCACCCUCCGUGCAUUUGGUGACCGGCGUGCAGACCGCCGCAGCAUCCGCCAUGAUUAUUUCCGCCGGCGACUUCGUGGCGGAGUGAGAUCGCCGCGUGCACGUUCAGCACCUCGUGGCGGCGGAACCGGCGCUUUAGGCUCUGACUGACGAGCUGCCAGCGGGCUGCCCAGCGCGCAGGUUGGUGCCGCAAAUGGCGGUUCUAGGCGGGAGCAGCCGCAGCGACGAGCUGGACAUGCGCGUGGUGAGCAGCGCGCCGCUAGAGGUGCUCGAAAGGUGUGUGUCGAAUUGACUUACCCUGCUCUGGCUUAACUUCGCAGUGCCCCAUCCUUGUAAGAUGCGUACGAUCACUCAUGUCCCAAGGCAGGGAGGCGUAGUUAACGGGAGAAACGGGUGAAAAUGGCUCCUUUGCACCCCUGACACCACCUCUCUCUUGUGGUUGUCCCUGCCCCCUUCCCUUCCCUGUCCCCCUUACAGCCCACCCCGGUAACCGAUUGAAGCUAGACGGAAUGGUUAUAGGAGAGGGAGGAAGCCCAGAACCCGACUUGAUGGCUUGAUGGAUCCUGCCUCUGCACCUCCGCUGACGACUUGAUGGUUGGAGUACUAUCGGAUGCGCACCGCGCGUGGCAACUGCUGUACUAUGCCACUCACCGCAUCUGCCGCUGCUCUGCUCUGUCCCACAGGUGGCAGCAGGAGACCAAGGACGCGGAUGCCAAACCUGCAGGCUCGAAGAAGCCAGGCUCGGAAAAGCUAGGGCCGGCAGAGGGGGAGAGCCAGACCCCGAGCCUAUCUGGAGGUGCAGAGGCAGCAAGCAAGGGAGAAAAGCGGCAGGACGAAGGGGAUUUUAAAGUGGAUAAGGGGUCGAAAGAGAUGGAAGCCGGCAGGAGCAGGUACCUGCAAAGGGCAGCAACGGUAGGGGCAGAGAUGGGGGGGAUGGAUCACGGUGGCGGGGGUGCGAGUAGCCUGCGUGGUGACCAGCUGCGUGAAAAUGGUGAUGGCAUCGCCAUUAGCAGUGUUCCAGGCCGGGACAGCAGGCGUGCUGGCAGUGGUGGCAGCAGCAGCGGAGGGCCAAGAGGGCGCAGGGUGCAGCAGUGGUUGAGUCGGUCCAUGUCCGACUCGCCAGCAUGGCGGGGCCCCAGCACGGCUGCCACCAGGGCAGAGAAGGUGGGAGAAGCUGGAUGGCAUGGGCCUUCAGGCACUGGUGGUGGUGGCACUGCCAGUACUGCUGCUGCUGCCAGUACUGCUGCUGCUGCCAGUACUGCUGCUGCUGCCACUACUGCUGCUGCUGCCACUUCUGCUGCUGCUGCCACUACUGCUGCUGCUGCCACUUCUGCUGCUGCUGCAGGCGCCAUCCCUUCCUUGAUCUCAGUGUCCAUUCCUUGAUCUCAGCAUCCAUUCCUUGAUCUCAGUGUCCAUUCCUUGAUCUCAGUGUCCAUUCCUUGAUCUCAGCGUCCAUUCCUUGAUCUCAGCGUCCAUUCCUUGAUCUCAGCGUCCAUUCCUUGAUCUCAGCGUCCAUUCCUUGAUCUCAGCGUCCAUUCCUUGAUCUCAGGGUCCAUUCCUUGAUCUCAGCGUCCAUUCCUUGAUCUCAGUGUCCAUUCCUUGAUCUCAGCGUCCAUUCCUUGAUCUCAGGGUCCAUUCCUUGAUCUCAGCGUCCAUUCCUUGAUCUCAGUGUCCAUUCCUUGAUCUCAGUGUCCAUUCCUUGAUCUCAGCGUUCAUUCCUUGAUCUCAGUGUCCAUUCCUUGAUCUCAGCGUCCAUUCUUCCUAGGAUCCUCACCUCUUCGCCGAUGUCCCUUACUCCUGACCCUUUCUUUAGCCUCUCUCCUCCAGCAGGCGAGCGGGCACAGCAGCACGCCGGAGAAGCAGCAGUUGAGGUGAGCAAGAGAGCUUGCUCAGAGCAGCAGCGGGCUGCCAGGGCAACGCCCAGCCUCUGCCACCAUCGCAGCUGCUCCCCCGACCCAUCCUCCCAUCGCCGCUUCUUCUCCCCCGCCCGCUCCCUCUUCCCCCUCUCCCGCCUCUGCACCUUACUGCUGCAGGUGAUAACCAUACACGUGUCACUGACUUCAGUGCAGCAGCUGGUUACCACCAUGACGAUGCUGCUGCUGGAGGAACCAACAGGGCGCGCCACACGAGAGCAGGCCUGGUUGGUUCAAGCGCGCCGUGCUUUGAAACACUUCACAGCGGGGGUGGGCUAGAGGGAGAGCACGAGGGGGAGGAGGAGGAGGGCGAGGAGGGGGAAUGGCAGGGCUGGGCAGACUAUGCUGAAUUCGAGGUGCCCCUUCGCGAGGAGGACAAGGGCCAAGGGGGGGCGAGUGAAAGGGCCGAGCAGCCACGCGGCAGCUGAGGCAGCUGUGGAGGCAGCUGUGGAGGCAGCUGUGGAGGCGGGACAAUUGACGAUGGCAAACGGCGGGGAAGCAUGGAUGCUGUCACAUGG